AACCCCAUCCGCACCAGCAGGAGAAAGAUGUCCGAGCCCAAUAAGUACCGAGAGUGGAUCCUGGAAACAAUCGACUCUCUCCGCUCGAGAAAAGCUCGUCCGGAUCUGGAGAGAAUUUGUCGAAUGGUUCGGAGACGUCAUGGCUCGGACCCGGACCGAACCAGGACAGAACUGGAAAAACUGAUUCAGGAGCAGACGGUGCUCAAAGUUAGCUACAAGGGCUCCAUAUCGUACCGAAACGCGGCGAAGGUGCAGAGGAAAAGCCGAAAGAAGUGUGAGUUUACGGGCGCUGGCAGCAGCAGCGGCGGCAGCGGCGGCAGCGCGGAGGCAGCGAGGGAGCGGACCAAACACGACCAUCUGAACAACAACGGCGACAGUGCGCACAGCUUCACAGACCAGGAGGAGGGAGAGGAGGACUCGCAGCCCAGCCCAGAGCCCCACGCUCAGACAGCAGCCAGCAGCUCGGGGAAAAAGCUUAAGCCUGCCCCCAGCCCGAGCAGCGGAAAAGGGUGCCUCAGUUGUGGCGCAACAACGGGCUGCGAUGUCGGGAGCGGCUGUAAAGAGGAGAAAGCAAGUGCAUCAAAAGACAAGGGAUUAGGACAGCAGGGAGCGGGGGGCUGCCCGUCGCCCGGUCUCGUCCAUAGAACAAGCGCAAACGACGGCGGAGAUGCCAGCGGGACAACGCCGAGCAAAACCGAUGCAGUUCGCGGAGGAAAGGUCUCGGGUCUAUUCGGGGCUGACACCCAACACAAAACUUGCUCUGGGGGCGUCAGCCUUCAACAACAGGGACCGAGGCAGACUGUGCUCCUCAAGCCCAAACUUCGUGUCGGAGGAGGGGGCACCAGAACAGCGGGGAACCACGCCAACUCCGACCUCGGCGACAGACUGGUGGCUUCUGUGCGCAGCCUGUCCGAGAAGAGCCUCCGGGGGGGCUCCACCGCCACAAGAGGCCACGGUAAACCGCUCGGGCUGAAGGAGAUCCUCGGCUAUCUGAGCAGUCAGGAGCGGCUGUCGGAGGAGAAGCUGACCCGAGGCAAAGUCAAAGUGGUGAUGGAGAGAGAGGUGGCGAGGGGCAGGCUGCGCAGGACCCGCUGCGGGAACAUUACUCUUCCUCUAAGGGGGAUGGUGCUGGAGGAGCCGAAGAAUGCGUCCGCUGACAGACUUGUGAAGAGCGCACUGCAGGACAGACACAUUGUGAAAAAGCCACCUUCCCCCUCUCUCCAGGAGAAUGAGCCAAUGGAAACAGCGAGCGAAGAAGAGGAACGGGAGGAUAAUGAGGAAGAGGAGAAGGACGAUCCCCGGAGUUCUGACGAGGAGGGUGGACUUUCCCCGGUAGCCAUGACAACGGAACCAGAGCUCAUUGAGAAAACCGGAGAAGAUGUUGAGGUCCAGACAGCAUCAAAGCAGGAGAGCUCCCAGAAGCAGCACGAAGGUUUGGUUGCUGAUCUCUCGAGGGUGUCUGGGCUUGAUUCCCUCAGCAGGACGCCAUACUCACCUAUUCAGGGAACUUCCCUGCCACAACUUAACGUUACUCACCUGGAGGACAGGAAUGGGGCCCAAACUCAUCUACAAACAGAUGCAAUGAUGCCGAAUGACAGAAUCAACCGCACCUCCCCGGGCUUGAACUGCCGGGAGUCCAAGACAGAGGUCGGAGUGUCGUCCUGCCUGCUCACACCCACUGCCUCCCCGAGGGACUCCUGCCUGUCUGAGGAACGAGGGAUAAACGGAGGAGUAAACAGUGGAGGAUGUGUGAAGUCCGAGGGGGUCAGUGGGAGCCCGGUGGAGUGGACAGUGUCUGACGUUGUCAGUUAUUUCACAGCAGCAGGUUUCCCCGAGCAGGCUGCUGCCUUCAAGACCCAGGAAAUCGAUGGCAAGUCUCUUCUCCUCAUGCAGCGUAAUGAUGUUCUGACUGGCCUGUCAAUCAGACUCGGCCCCGCCCUCAAGAUCUAUGAGCGUCAUGUAAAGGUUCUGCAGAGAACGCACUUUGAGGAGGACGACUGCUAACAAAAGACACAUGAAGUACACACAGAGACCGUAAAGUCUGUAUCUACAAUUAACUUCAAUAAUCUUAUAACAAUGUAUGCAUGAAAUACAAUACAAUUCAAUUUUUCAUCUCAUGAAAACCAGCUCUUACAACACACACACACACACACACACACACACACACACACACUAUACUUCUCCUCCGGGACCCCUCAGACUGCUCUGGUCCAGAAACGACAAAAUAAUGAGAAUGCUUUUCCUGUACAAAAAGAUUUUCUACUGAACAGAGCAGUAAUGUUGGAGGGAGAAGGAAGUCAGAACUUUUUAUGAUGGAGAAGUUGAAAAAAUAAGUCAUGCAAACUUUUCUUUUUUAAACAUUCAAUGAACAAGCACUUUUGUAAUUCCUCGCUGUGCAGGACAGUUUGUUAUUUUGGGCUCAUAUUUUGCACAUUUUGAAAGAGGUUGUGUUCAUGUGUGUGGGAGUUCAUGUAAGUUUGUGCACAUGGUCAUUGGUUAUAGCAAUAAGCUGGCACUUAAAUGUUUGGGAGAUGGUCGAACAUUGUCAACUAAAGGUGGGAGUGUCACCCACCUUGGGGAGGGGUUACAGCCCUUUGUGAUGUCACAAAGGGGAAAUCAAAUGGCCUGUUUAAGCACCUUUUCUGAAAAGUCGAGCAGGCAAAACACAGAGAGGAUGAACUUUUCUCAUAAUCUGGGGGUUUGUAGACGGACUAGGGACACAUAUUAGUGUUAGAAAAACAUGGUACAGUGUAUUUGAAUAAUAUGUGACCCUUAAUUUGUUAUUUGAUGCCAAGGACAGGGAUUGAAAAACAUUGAUUGACAGCUCUGUUGACAAAUGUGGUUGAGGUGCUGUGUGCACCUGAUUAGAAAGGCCAAAGAGGAAGAGCAAACAAACAAACGAACACAAGACUUCCCUAAACACUUUUUGUCUGCUUCAGAUGCAGAGAACAGAUACAUGAAUGUGUUCUCCUUGAGACUGAACCAUUUCAAAAGGGUUCUUUGCCGUUUAAUUGCUAAGUUGUGUCAAGUUGUGUUUUGGUUGGUUAAUCCAGCGGCUGUAAUGUGCAACUCUGGCUCUAAACAACAUCACCACUGCACUAUGUCGGCCUAUCGCUGGGUUAUUUGGCUCCAAUCUGUCCUCAGUCUUGUAGUCUUGAAGUAUGUGUCCUGGGCCACAUUUGAAGACCUCCCACUCCCCCGUAACCAAAGCAACAACUACAUUGAAAUUCCAACUAAUAGCCUUUCACCUGCUGUGGCUAAAAAAUAUCUUCUUCCUUUAUUUUUUCCCUUUUUUGUUUUUCUAAUGUCUCAUAAUGCCAACAUAUGGGAAGCAUUGUAGUGGGCUGUGCUCAUAAAGACAGAACAAACUGUGCCUUGUAUGGAUUCAAGAAGGGACAGAGCCUGUCAAAGCUUGUUGAUGCCAGAUGAUCCUGUACAGACAAAGGAAGAGGGCGAGACAGAGUCUGGAAGCAGGUGACAGAUUUGACUAAUAAGCCUGUCGUCAUAUUUUGUUAUAAAGUUGGAGUUCAUAAACGUAACUGGUAAGGCUCAGGUUUACAGAGCAGCUAAGUGAGACCCAAUCACAAGUGAUCGCUGGAGAUGCAUUUGGAGACACGUGUUAAUAUCAGGUGUAAACACGCCCAUGAAGAAAAUAACUUUAAUUUUAUGAAUUUUCAGAGCUUCUUAUUUCUUGCCUUAUUUAAAUUUGAAAUUAAUUGAGGUUUUUGUUUUUUGUUUUGAAAACAUGGCUGACUCAGCAUCUGAAUCAAACCAGGCAGCUCCAUUGAUUCCAGCUGAAAAAGUUUGCUUUCUGUGGGGAUUCAACACUGAAGAGCCACAUUAGAAAAACCUGCUUUAAGUACAAUAUUGGUGCAGAUCAGACCUGCAGGACAGCUGAGCUGCUGUGACUUCUUAAUGCUGCAGGACUCUUUACUUCUGCUCACUAAUCACUCAGACUCUGGAUUAAUUCUUCUUCAGAUGAUCCUAACUCUAAAAACACAUAAAAACCUUUAAUAUCAGCUCAACAUUUAAAGCUACCAAUCAUAACGUAUGUUUCCUCUGUUUUUGUCGUUGGUGCCACUGGUCAGGAGGUGUCGCUAAAUUCUGUUUCGGACUUCACCCUAGGGGGACGUAGAAGACUAAUGUCAGCUGAGCUAAAACAGCCGAACAUCUCAGCUACGUGUUAGAGUGAAUAUGUGAAUACAGUAAAAAAUGAGCCAUCGUGACAUCAGCCUUUAUUUGUUAAUGAUUAAAAAACAGUUACCUGAAAGUUGAAAUCGCAGGGUACCGCUGAGUCAAUCAAUCAACUAAUCUCAUGCCACCAGCAGUUUUUAACUGUUUGUACUGUUCAAACUUAGAAACGAAAUACUGUCCAACUUUCUCACUUUCUCAGGCUGGGGUCAGGUCCAUACCUCAUGAGGUUUUUAUUCUCUCACACAAUUCGGGGAAUUGAACGGGCUCCAGUACAUAAAAGGAUACGAGAUUGCUGGUCACAUAUCAGUGUCCACAGAGCUCUGUGUGUGUCUUAAGUAAUUUGUAGAGAUCUCAGAUGAGUCCAUAUGCCGUUAGAUUAAGUAUUCUGUAUCUGUUUUUAUUGUUUCCCCUACUGAAAGCAGACAUGUUGCAAAAUGUUUUGCCACUCAUUCUGACUGAGGGGGCGUGAUUCAAUGAAAAAGGUGGCGUCAAUGCGUACCCUCUGUAGGCUAACUGGUUAACUAAAAGGGGGCAGAAAUCGUCCUGAGGGUUCGGCCCGGCUCCUGGCCUAUCUCUCAUCUCAUUCCCAUCUUCACCGUAAAGACUCCAUUCCAGGUUUGACAUCUCCUCUGUGCAUGUUUAAUUAAAAUGACCCAUUCUUGUAUCUUCUUGUCUCCAAGAUUUACGUUGCAGUUUGUGAAUGUUCUCAAUCCACUCUCCACACUCUGAUGUUUACAUUUCUUUGUGCACUCAAGCCUCCGCUACCUCUCACCCCCAGUUUCUCCUUCACUGUUAAUUUUUUCUGCAACUUUAAGAAGACAUAGCAGGUUCUAACAGUUAGUUGAAGGUGUGUGCUGCCGCUGUUUGUAUAAAGUUUGUUUCAUUCUCAUGAGUUUAACCUGUAGGAAAGGAGGACAGUGUUUAAGUCUACAUUUACACAAGGUGAAUGUAUAAUGAGUACAUGCCCUUGUUAUUCAUCUCAAGUCAUUUGUUAAAGGACAAUUUUAGUAAUAAAAGUUUCAACUAAAAGAC